AUGGGCAUGCACGGACGUCUCACCUUCCUCCUCUUCCUCCUCAGCCUCUGUGCCCCAGGGACUUUCGUCAGAGCAGCAGCCUUGCUUGACCUGCCCUGCAUGGUGACCCUGAGUGAGGAUGCGGUGCCAGGCUCUCAUGUGGCUGAGGUGACCGCGUCCUGUAGCAACAUGAGUGACAGCCCCAACGUAACCCUGCAUGGCACUGAGCCCAGCCACCCCUUCAGCCUCAUUGCCAGCAGCGCUGACCCCAUGGCCAACAUCACGUUUCAGGUGAUGCUGCGUGCUGAUGUGAAGCUCGAUGCCCACUGGGUGAACCUGUACACCCUGACCCUGCGGGCUGCUUGUCCUGGUGAAGAUGAGGUGGAAAAGCAGCUCUUUGUGUGGGUGACAGCAGGGCAGGUGCUGCGCUGUGAUGCUCCCUUCGCCAGCGCAGAGGGAGACGUGGUGCGGGUGCCAGCCCGUUUAGCCGGUCAGUCCCCAGCCACUUGGGGGGCUGACGGUGAGUGGGGUCUACCCCAGCGGCCACAGCCUCCCUUCAGACUCCAAAACCACAACACACCACUUGUGCUCACCCGCCAGGGCCUGGUGCUGGCACCUGCAGGUGGCUUUGACCCCAGCAAGGACACCCAGACGUUCAGACUGGAGAUCGAGGUGAUGGACCGCCAUGGGCACAACUGCAGCGGAGCUGUGAGGGUGGAGGUGCUGCCAUCACGCCGUCCUUAUGUCACCUUCCUUGAGCCGCAACAGGCCGUGAUGGUGACAGCGGCCAUUGGCCCCUUGGAGGUAGUCACACAGGUCCGUGCCAGUGGUGACAACGUCCGCUACGCCAUUCUUGCGCCUGUGGCACCCAUGUUCUUCACCAUCGAUGAGAUGACAGGCAGCAUCCGCAGCACCCAACGGCUGGGCAAAAAAAAGGCUUACAAUGAACUGGACCCCGCUGACCAUGCUACCACCAAGCUCAACAUCACUGUGCAGGGCAGAGACCAGAAGGAGCCAAGCUGUAUUCCAGCCAUCUCUGUGUCCCAGGUGCCUGAGACACUGCUCCCUGGCAGCACUCUGGUGACACUGAGGUGCACUGGCUGUGAAGGCACUGAGGGGUGUCUGCAGUAUGCCCUUGAGGGGCCCCCUGCUUCCCGAUCCCACUUCCACAUGGAGGGGCCUCAGCUGCAGGUCAGCACCACCCUGGACUAUGACUCAGAGGCCAUGGCUGCUGUGGGCUUCCAGUUCACAGCCACCAUCGUGGUGACAGGAGGAGGGCAGCCCCCACAUAGCACCCGUGUGCCCGUGCUUGUGAUCAUGACACCUGUCAAUGAAUUCACACCCGUGUGCCCCAACGGUACCACCUUCACCGUGCCAGAGACAGCUGCUUUUGGCAGUGUUGUGGGGCUUGUCGCCGGCACCGACCGUGACUACCCACUGGACAGCCUUGAGGACAGCCUGGCGGGGGGACCUGGCAGCUUGUGCUGCCCUGCAGGUGAGAUCCGUGUGGUGGGACCCCUUGACUCCCGACAGCAAAAGAGCUACCGGCUGACUGUGCGGCUGACAGACAUCCACAAUGACCUGGACCCGGCGAAGCGGCAGAGCUGCCUCUGUGCCAUGACCGUGCGCGUGCAGGCUGUGCUGGACCAGGCGCCGAUGUGCACCCCUGAGGUGCAGGAGCCGGGGCCUGUCACCCGCCUGGCGUGCCAGGGCAGCCGUGAUGGUACCACACUGGCAUACACCAUUGCUGGAGGUAAGGAGUGGCCAAGCCACAGAAACGAGGAUGGGCACUUUCAGCUGGAGGGGAACACUGUCCUGUACCUCCCCAAUAACAUACCUGAGCCCCGCACCUUUGUGCUGCUGGUGGAGGUGUGGGAUGGCUCCGGUGCCUCCCGCCACAGCACUGUGGUGGCACUGGUGGUGCAUGUCACUCCCCUUAGCACGCCGGUGCCACCCAGCACCACGAGCCGGCGCAUGACAUCACGGAAAGAGCGCCUGGUUGUCACACGGACGGAGGCAGUGUGGCACCCGCCAGCCUGGUUCGUGGCUGUGCUGACUGUCUCUGGUGCCCUGCUGCUGUCUGCCCUGGGCUGCAUGGCCUGGAGCCUGCUGUGCAGCAACCGAGUCCCUGGCAAGCUGCUCCUGGGCAAGAGCCCCUGGAAUGUGGCGGAGCAGAAGGGGGAUGAGGGGGACCAGGGAAGCCCCCAUGCCAGCAGCCUGGAGCAGUUUGAUGGCCGUGCCCAGGACCCUU